AUGAACAAUUUUAUCAUCCGAAGGCAGAGGUUUCGAUGGCCGAACACUAAGGCAUGUCAAUGGUAUAUGAGUAAAGGUUCAAAGCUUCCUCUGAUACCUCUGAGCAAGACUCAAACAACAAGGGUUAAAAUGCAAUAUGCUACCACGUGCAAUGUUGAGUUUGAAUGGGCAGAUGAGAGGCGAACCCAACUUAACCGAUUAGUUGAGCUUCAAGAAAGGCUUCGGCUGGAAGAGUUGGAGUUGGCCAAAGCCGAAAUGGCUUCAUUGGAGGCAGCAGCAACGGAAGAAAUGAAAAUGAGCCUGCAAUGGGCGAAUAGCCGAGUCGUGGUAACGGCCUUAGAUAGGAGCAGAGCUCUUGAAGUUGGAGGCUCAUUUGAGCGGAGCUCUUGA